AUGGUCUCUUUAGCCAAAGCUGUACGUCUCUUUGAACAAAUUCACUUUGAGUGGGCUCAAGGCGCCAAACAAAGCGCAAAGACAGACAUAGUCCAAUGUCUCACGAUGUUGAACCAGGUCCUCAAGGAGUAUGGCGAACAAGGGAAGGAGUUGGGACAAGUACAACGCAUAUGCCGUGAUGCUAUGGAAUUGUACUCGCUGAUUAAACAGGACAAGCCCUUUUCUCUUGAUACCUCCGUCCAGUGGCUAUCAUCAAGAAUCAACUCGAGCUAUAUAUGGCCACCUGUGUUGUAUGACAACAUUGUUGUUGACGUUGAGGAACCGUUACCAGACGAAUCCACUCUUCCUGAGACGGUCAAUGCCUCAUUCCACAAGAUUAUGGAACAGGACUGGUCAACAUUUGGCGUGUCUCAAAUAUAUCAAGACCUACUGGAGGACUGCUCCUUCGUCACUGCUCUUAUAUCACUGUUAAGGAAUAACUCCCAGCAGUUGAUGUCAGCGAUAACACCACACGCGUCAUCUGAGAGGUUCGGUGUCACGCUUUACUUCAACGGAUGCAGGAGACUUGUUGAGAUUGGGAAUACCUUACCACUUGUCGAAAACGAUACACAUUCGAUGUUUGUGCGGUCAAGUACGAACAAUAAGUUAUAUUGGCCAGCUUUAUUGGAGAAAGCAUAUCUAAAAGUCCAUGGCUAUGGAUAUGACUUCAAAGGUUCAAACUCGAGCAUUGAUACAUACAUGCUGUCAGGCUGGAUCCCGCAGUUCAUCGUAUCCUAUCAAGUGACUGAUUUAGAACCAAUUUGGGACCAACUCUACGAACCGUUCAUCAACAACAGAGUUGUGUUGGCUCUGGGUACUGCAAGCGACUCCUACAGCGGAGAGUAUAAGUCGAACCAUGACUAUUCUAUUGCGGAAAUGGACGGCGAGUCCAGAAAUAUCGUUAUAAAGAACCCCUGGAGACGAAGUGAAACUGUCAUAAGAUUCAAAGAGAUCUUUGAUCAUUUCGAAACGUUAUACUUGAACUGGAACCCGCAGGGACUGAUUCAUAAGAGCAUUAAUCUAAUAUCUUCAUAUGAUGGCAACAUUUGGUUUAAGUUCCCACAGUUCAAAGUAUCAAACAGCUCAAUCUCCAGAACAUGUAAUGUUAAACUGCUAUUGGAAAGGCAUUUGAAAACAAGUAAUAAUGAUGCCUCUAUAAACGUUGGUAUAUUCAAGACAAGUGGAGAAAGACUUUUCCGUAAGGGAAUACCAAAAGUUCAGACGUUUGCAAACAAUACAAACUUCCACACCUCCGAGUUCACUCUGGAACCUCUGGAGAGUGUUACAGUCGUGGUAUUCCAUGAAGCUACAAGUUCCCCAGACACAUUCACUCUGCAUUCCUACUCCACUGAAACAGUUGCGUUGACAAAGGCUGCUCCCAAGUUCCCAUAUACAAAAACACUCGAAGGACAUUGGGAUUUAGAAACCUGUGGUGGUAACUGGUCGUUUCAAACGUACGUCAGAAAUCCACAGUACGAAGUAGUUGUUCCAGAAUGUGAGGAAGAUGUCCAGGUGACCAUGUCGCUUCACUGCGAACUGGACUCUGUUCUCGUCAAUAUGCAAUUGUUCUUUGACGACACGAGCUCUCCUUUCAAAUCCCAGUCACUUAUAAUGGAGAAAUAUUCACCAGGCUCAAUGACAUGCAAUUUGACGUUAACGUCGCAACAGAGGUAUAAACUGGUGGUGUCUACAUAUGAGCAGGAUAUAAUGAAAAACUUCAAGCUCAUCGUCAACUCCUCGUGCAGCUUACAGAUCCAGCCUAUCUCUACAAGGCUGGGACUCUAUGUCAAGCCGUUCAAAUUCCAAUGGAAAGGGAAGAACAGGUUCAAACUGCUGAUGAAAGUCUCGAGAGAGACCGUCAUUAACGUGCACCUAUGGACACCACAGUCGUCUAUGUCAAACUACAGACCGAAGAUACGGGCCAGUCUAUUCUACAAGAACGAUUCAUCGCCCAUUCAAAUUAACAACGACUUUGACGACCACCUCUUUGGCAUCUGGUUGAGAAACCUCAAAAUUGAUAGCAGAUCGCCUGUUAUUCUGCUGAUUGAGAGGUUUGAAGCUGGUUACGAUGAGCUUCAAGGGCAAAUUGGAAGUAACCACAAGUUGGAAUUGAGCCUAUGGUCACGAAUCAAGAGCUAUCCAUUCGACUUGCUGCUCGAAUUGAACGAGCAGAGAGCAUUGAUCGAUUGGGACUCGUACUCUGAGACUGUUGCUCUUCCCCUUGGGGCCAUACUGACUGUUGUAUACUUCUUCGUAAGGCUCUGGCAAGACCACAACACCGUCAAGGAGACGAAGUCCAAGUACUUUGACUAUGGAGACACUCCCUUAAGAGAUUCCAGGUACUUUGGUGUUGAAAAAUCUCCUAUUGAAAGGCUCGUAUCCUUUGUCCAAGUGGUGGUGAUAUUGGUCAACGUCAUCAACACUUUACUCUUCAUGCUAAAGACAAAGAAGUACGCUGUUUAUAACAAGGACUCCAUCCAUCACUCAGCAUCUACACGGAAGGUUACGAGGUCUUCCUCGAGAUCAAUAUUCGCAAAGCUUUUUUCCUCAUCUGCCCCAGAUGAUGACGUUGAUAGCUACUGGGAGAUCAACAUGUGGAACCCUUCGAAGUUUUCAACGUACUUGUUUGUAUCGUUCCCUCCUUUCAACGUUGUGUUCCUCUACAUGUCCCAAUCCUCUUUCUCCAACUUGUUCUUCCUCUUGCAAACCUCUGUUGUGCUAUAUCUGGUGAUUAUCAGAGGCUAUCUGGUGCUGAUGGAGGAUAAACAAGUCCUGUUCCAAGAGACAUUUGAUGAAUACGAACGCAAAUUCGUGAGACCAAAGCUGUCAGUGGCCAGAAGAGAAGUGGCAGUUGAUGCUACAAGAGGUCCUUACGACGAUGAGAUUGGAUCAGUCCAAUACUAUACACCUGGAAGAACGGAAAAGGUGUUCAAGACACAUGAUCUCAAGGGUAACGAGAGCGUUGAGCUAUUCAGCGAUGAGAUCAGCUACCAAGCCUACAGAUUUGCGAAGAUCAUUGUAUACACCUAG